ACUUUCUAGUUUAAAAGUUUCUUCAUUGAGGUCAUACUUCAUAGCAUACCUACUUUCAUAGUCAUACUCUCUGGUAAACAGUGUAUUAUCUAUGGUCAUACUGAAAAAUCCUAACCUAAACUCUAGUCUCUAAAGUAAAAAUUUAAAAAUAUAGACAUUAAAAAAAUAUAUUUUAUUUAUACUAAAUAGAAAUAGGUAUUAAUUCCUAUACAUACAGUAAUUAUUAUUGUAAAUUCCUUAUGAGAAUUUUAUAAAAGACAACAAUUUCCAUUUAAUAUGCUAUUUUAUUCGUCGCUCUAGUAUUCCAUAUACAACUUAUAUUUUAAAAUGACUACGGAGUUAAAUAAUACCGACAGGGGUGUUUGUCAUAUCAAAAAAGAAUAUAUCCUGUGCAUAGAUAAAAAAAAUCAAGAAAAUGAUACCCAAACAAAUAAAAGGUCGUUGGAACAUGACGCCGGAGACAAUCACGAACAGGAUAUAAAGAAAUGUAGAAGUGAGUUGGAAAUUGAAAAAGCUCCCAAGACCAAAGAUAAAAAAAGAGGGCAAAAUAAAGCUAGACCCAAAACUUUUCAUGAUGAUAAACAAUUGAAGCCUUGUGCCAGUAUUGUAAAUAUUACAUCAAUGGACGAUAUAUCCCCAUGCCAAUAUCCAAACUGCAAGUUUAUUCACGAUCCUCUAACAUAUUUGAAAACUAAGAAAGAAGAUAUAGGUGAUGAAUGUAUUGUUUUUAAGUUAAAAGGAAGGUGUCCUAGAGGAAUUUCCUGUCGAUAUGGUGCUAGUCAUAUAUCUCAUGAUGGUUUUAAUUUGAUUGAUGAACAGCGAGCAAAAUUGUGGAUUGAGGAUACUAAAAAUAUUUUACAACCUUCUCUUCAAACAAAAUUACAAAAGAAGCAGUAUGACUUUAGCACUUCAGAGAAACUAGUGCAAGCAUUAUAUGAUAUCAGAAAUGGCAAACAAAAUGACAAUGGCAACACAACUAUCUGUAAUAAACCCAGUGGUAUAAUUACAGAUGAAGAUUUAAUUAAACUCUUGCCAAGAGAAAAAAAGACAAUUGAUUGGAAAGAUAAGUUAUAUUUAGGCCCUCUUACUACAGUUGGUAAUCUGCCCUUCAGAAGAAUUUGUAAGUCGUAUGGUGCUGACAUAACAUGUGGGGAAAUGGCUCUAUGUGAGUCUUUACUAAAGGCUUCAAAGCAAGAGUGGGCUCUUGUAAAGAGACAUGAAUCAGAAGAUCUAUUUGGUGCUCAGAUUUGUGGAAAUAAUCCGUAUCUGAUAACAAAAGUAGCACAAGUUCUACAAGAAAAUACAGAACUAGAUUUUGUAGAUUUGAACUUAGGUUGUCCUAUUGACUUGGUAUACAAACAAGGGGGGGGUAGUGCCAUGAUGCUGCGAUUGUCACAAUUAGAGGUAUCUGUUAAAGGUGCCUCAAGUAUUCUUAAUAUCCCCUUUACCAUUAAGAUGAGAACAGGUGUUUACAAGAAUAAGAACAUUGCUCAUAACAUAGCCCCAAAAGUAGCCGAGUGGGGAGCCUCACUUAUCACAUUACACGGGAGAUCAAGAGAAUCAAGGUAUACCAAACAAGCCGACUGGGAAUAUAUUGAACAAUGUGCCAAAGCAGCUUCAUGCCCAAUUUAUGGUAACGGUGACAUAUUUUCCUAUGAAGACUACAUUCAAAAGAAACAACUAGCACCAUCUAUUCAAGGAGUAAUGAUUGGGAGAGGAGCAUUAAUUAAACCUUGGAUUUUCACAGAGAUAAAAGAGCAAAAACUCUGGGAUAUUAGCAGCAGUGAAAGGUUUGAAAUAUUGAAAAAAUUUACAAAUUAUGGUUUAGAACACUGGGGCUCAGACACGCAAGGUGUUGAAGCUACCAGACGGUUUAUGUUAGAAUGGCUAUCUUUCUUAUAUCGCUAUGUGCCAGUGGGGCUGUUGGAAAGGCCUCCCCAAGUAAUCAAUGAAAGACCUCCUUUGUACUUUGGUAGGGAUGACUUGGAAUCACUGAUGGCAUCUGGAAAUUGUUCUGACUGGAUAAAAAUAAGUGAAAUGUUGUUAGGCCCUGUUCCUGAUGGUUUUGUGUUUUUACCUAAACAUAAAGCAAACUCUUAUUGAAUGCAUCAUGCACCUAUCUAUGUUAAUAUUUAACAAUAAAGUUGUUGAACUUA